AUGGCUUCUGCAGGCGGCUAUGUGGAUGUUCCUGGAUGGGACGGCAACCCGUCCAGCUUCCAGGCCUUUGAGGUUGCCUGCAAGUGGUUCGAGAAGACGCUGAAGGAGGCCGAGCGGAGAGGAGCUGCGGCGCGAGUGUGGGCCAGACUGAGUGGUCCGGCCAAAAGUGUUGUGAAGCACCUCUCCGCAGAUGGCUUCGACCAGCCAGGUGGGCUGGGAAAGUUGUUGGAGGUUCUUCGGAGCUCCCCCUUGCAGACCCUGCCUAUUCCGGACUCCUUUGCAAAGCUAGAGAAGUGGCACCAGCUGCGGCGAAAGGAUGCGGAAAGCAUCCCGGAGCUGCUUGUGAGAGAGGAUGAGCUGUUCCUGGAACUGCAGCAAAGCCUUCGACGAUCGAGGGCACGGGGACCCGGAGGCACGAGCACGCUUUCGGGCACGACACCAGCGGCGACCGCUACCCCGCCGGCGACUCCAACAGCGGCCACUGCAGGAGGAGAGAGGCCUUCUGAAGAGGCGGCUGCUUCUCCGAGCUCUGCACCGAAGGCUGGUGAAACGAAGGACAUUGAGUUUGGUGAAGUUUCGGGCGGAAAGCCCCUGGAUUUCUUUGAGGAUGAACUCCGUGGUUUCCGACUCUUGAAGGCCAGUGGCAUCUCCUACCAGGAGAGGCAACAAGUUUUGACUCUCACUGGAAACUCCGUCGCCUUCGACAAGGUGAGACAAGCUCUCCGAGCGCUUUUCGAUGAUGCUGACCCAGCUUCCCGCCAGGCAAGACGCAAGAUCUGGUGGGCCGAGGAAGCAGAAGACGAAGGCUGGGCUGGAGAUGGCGCCGAGGAUGACGCCUGGGGAUGGCUGGCUUGGAGCUGGGAGGAGGACCCGGCUCUGUACUGGGCUGGCUCUGAAUGGGAAUGGGCCGACUGGCCCGAAGAAGACGUCUACUACGACGGGCCGGCUGCACAGGAAGAGGUCGACCCCGAGGCGCCGGAAACCGAUGAGCACAACCUGGUGGCCCAAGAGCAGGAGGCGCAGGCCUUGGCAGCCGAGGCGAAUCGCACUUUGACCGAGGCAAGAGCGGCUGUGGCCAAGGUUCGGGUUGCCAGAGGUUACUUUCCCUUGAGCGGCAAGAAAGGCAGCAUCUCGGGCAAGAAGGGCCAGAGCAAGUCGAUGCAGAAAGGGAAGUUCUCGAAGGGGCCGCCUGGCAAAAAGGGAAAGACUUUUGGCAAGGGGUCGGGCUGCUUGCUGUGCGGAAGCCAGAACCACUUAUACCGGGAUUGCCCCGGCCGUGCUGGAAAAGGACCCGGAAAGCAGAAGGGCGCUCGGCCGGCAUACUGGCAGGAGCCGGUGUACUACAGCGCGUACUGCAUGGAGGUGAUCCCGGCUGACCCCGAGAACGCUCGGACCGACGACGAGUACCAGGAGGCCAGCGGCGAGAUGGUGAAGGCGGGCCUCUUCCUGAACGAUGGCGGGGCCGAUGCCGGGGAUCACUGCCCCGACUGCCGGUGCGAUGGUCCACCUAGGGUCGAGCACCUCCAUGUGAUGAGCUUGGAGCGAGCGCUGGUGUGUGAGAGAAGCGACAGCCUGGGCUACAUCGUGGACACCGGGGCCACCGAGAACGCCGUCGGAGUGAAGACGCUUGAGGCCAUCCUGACGGCCACUCGGUGCCGACGAUGGGUGGACACGAGUGAUAGGCCGGUGUUCCGUUUUGGGGACGGCCUGAGCCUUCGAGCGAGUUCCAAGCUGACCUUGGGUGAGUCGCCUUUUGGGAAAAUCAGCUUCUAUGUCCUCGACGGCGACCACCGGCCCUCCACCUGCCGGGCUGAAGACACACAGGCCUUGAUCGGCAGCAAGUUCCUCCGGGAGUCGAAGGCGGCCAUCAGCUACGAGCACCUCAAGCUAUGGUUUUUGUGUGGAGGGGACCUGCUGAGCACGGACCUUUCCCAGACCACGACUGGCCACCUGAUGGUGCCUGUGGCAGGGAAGCCUUUGAAUCUCAGCGAAAUUCGGAAGCAGGCCGAGGAGCAGUACAGUGUGCUCCUUCCUCCUGAUGCCCCAAGUGUUCUUGACCUGAUGGCCACACCAGGUGCCUUCGAAGAGCUGCGUCGACUUCAGGGUUCUCCGAGGAAAAGUGCGGAAGUGUUUUCAAGUAUGUGCCCUGUUCCUGUCCAGAACAACAUGCCCUCAGAGAGUGUCAGUGCCUGCGAUCUGCCACCUAGACACGACAGUUUCAUGAUGAGUUCCACUGGUCAGCUGCUGGCUUUCGAAAUUGUGCCUCCGCCGUGGCCACGCCGGAUCGAGAGUCUUUGGAGACGCGUGCAAAGCCUCAACCUCCGGCUUUCUUCUACGAUCCAUGGCCUCGAAGACGGCGGCACCUCAGGACGAUCCGCGACAGGAAGGUUGGCCUUGCCACGGCCGACACACUUCCGGACCAACACGCCAGAACCAGUGGGCCUCGUGGACGGCAUGUUCCAAGUGCGGCUGCACUAUGUGGUGAAGCGCCAGGGACAUGGAGGAUCCAGGGCCGGCGGCCCGACGCCGGACGUGGUGAUGGAAGCGGUGGCCGAGCUCCGGGACAUGGUGGCUUCCAGGGACAUGACGGAGAAGAUCAUGAAGGGCAAGAUCUUGGAAGUGCAGGGCCGGCGGAUGGUAGCCGGCCACCGUGUUGCCCUGACCACUUUGAUGGAGGAGCGCGAGCCGGAGGAGCCACCUGUCCGGGGAAGGCAGCCUACGCCGCCGAUCGGAUCGACGACACAACCCAGCCGGCCGACGGGACCGACCUUGACGACGGCGGCCCUGGAAAGCCUCGAGUCGCAAGCCCCGAAGGCACGACCAAAAGCGACGACACGCCCUCAGGAGCAAGUGGUGGACCGACGCGAGCUCGAGGAGGCCUUGGAGAACAUCGCCGCGCAGGAACAGAAGGUGAAGGCUCUCAAAAAAAAGCUCAAGAAGGCGAUGGCGGGAUCCGAGGUCGAGGUGAGCUCCGACCACAGCUUCGAGGCGAUGUCGGAGGAAGCACGCCAGCCCGGGAUCGCAGAGCGGGCCGGGGAGAGAGUGCAAGCGGAUGGUGUGGAGCACCGUCCUGGCGACACGUGUGGUUGCCCAUGCACAGGAGGUCUCCCGUGCCGAGAGAAGGGUUUCACGAGCGCCACUCGGCGCAGCAUGAACGCAGCAGGGUUUACUUACUUUAUGACCUUGCUUUGCACAACGACUGCACUGAUGAAUUCGAUCGAGCGGGCUGAGCUGUUGGAAAUCAAUGGCACCAGCAGCCACGGCCAUUUUGGUGACGUGGCAGAGAAGGAGGGCAUCACCUACGAGCUCUUCUCCGCGAAGACCGGGUACUACGUGGAAAAGAAGAACAUUGCGGAGAAGGUGGUUGCGAACCUCCGGGAAACUAGCAGGCCGGCUUUCUUGUGGAUCGCUCCGGCCGUGAAAGGGGCUCCGUCUUUGGGCCACUGGGCCCAAGAAUCGCCAACACAGGCCCGAAACCGACAGCGAGCUCAACGACGUUGCUUGGAAGUGGCUGAAGGGGCCUGUGAUCAAAUCCGAGAAGGCCUGGAUUUUGUAUGGGAGUGGCCCCUGGAUCUUGGAUACGGCCGUGACAGCCCAGCAAUCCACCUGCUGAGGCAAACUUCUGUUGAGUGCGGCCGCCCGUUGUACGAGCUGGAAAUUGAUGGCCGGUACUUUGGAGAAGCCGCGGCGGCGCACGGGAAACGGUGGAUGAUGAUGACCACCAGCCGGCAGCUGUCAGCUGUUCUUCGCCGUUGCCACAGUCUGGGCGACAAACCUUCGGUGCCAGAGGGCCCCGUGACAUGGCCUGAAAGGCUGGUCAAGAUGGCCAUUGCCGGGAUCCAUUGGGAACUCAAGGGGCAAGGGCCAACCUUGGCCGAUGAAGUGUACAAACUGGUCACCGGGGAGCUUGGGACGUAUGCUUUGGCGAGAACAUCGGGCAACCUGCCGGUGGAGCAGCCUGCGGGAAAGAAGCUCAGCGAGAUCACGGACAUGAUGCUCCGGAUCCACCGCGCCUCCGGCCACACCUCCAUGGAGAACCUCGCAAAGCUGCUCCAACGACGUGGGGCUCCCGGAUGGGCUGUGGAGAUGGCACGUUCUUUGGAAUGCUGCGAUUGCCAGGAAGCCCAAAGAAUCAAAGGGCCGCCGCCGAGCAGCUUAGAGGAUCCACCCGGGCUGUGGGAGGUCCUCCACAUGGAUGUGUUCGAGGUGGACUACAAGGAGAAUGUGGACGGCACCCCGACUGACUAUAAGGCGAAAUUCCUGCUGAUGGUGGACCGGGCGUCGAGGUUCACUAUGGUGCACCUGCUGAAGAAAUACCCAGCUAGCGAGGGCUGGGAGCCGAGUACCUAUGACAUCCGACGGGCCAUCGUGAAGACUUGGCUCGGAUCGAAUCCUGCUCCUAAGUGGCUCCUGGCCGAUGCCGCUGCAUACUUCACCUCCAGAGAGAUGCUUGAUUUCUGCGGGAGAAGCGGCACCGGGCUAUUGAUCGCGCCCGCAGAGGCACAUUGGGUCUUAGGAAUAGAAGAACGAACGAUACAAACCAUCAAACGUGCCUCAGAGAAAAUCGAUCGAGAAGAUCUCAGAAUAUCCAUUGAGGACGCUAUGGUCCUGGCGGCGCACGGGCACAACUCCUUUGUUCACGCCGCCACUGGAUACAGUCCGUAUCAGUGGGCCCGUGGAUGGCAAAGGGAGGACACCGUCCCGGUGGGGUUGGACCCACGGAGAGCUUUCAACCGGAUGUUGCUUUUGAGGGCCAAAGCAGAAGCGGCAUUUGCCCGCGCUGACGCCGCCGAGAAAAUGACUCGAUUGAACAACACAACCUCCAGAAAGCCAAAGACCUUCUCGGCGGCCACAGGGUCGACAUUGGUUCGUGCCAAGCUGAACCAGGUGCGACCUGUCACCGAGCGGGAAAAGCUGGUCGCCACGACUCAGGGGACUACUGUGUACCAGCAGGCGGUCGGCGACCUUGCCCCGGCCACUGUGCGUGUCGAACCUCGACCUGCUGCCCGAGCCGACAAGAACCUGUGGGAGUUCAAGGCUGGGACCCUUGUUCGGCGACACCACGUGGCCAGGCUGACCCUUUUCGUCCCGCAGCGCACCAAGGACUCCCCAGUGGAAGUUGACCACCUUACGGGAAAGCGCAGAACCAUCAUUCAGGUUCCUGGGGGAGGCCAGACCAUCGAGGACGACUUCACUGCAGAGCAGCGGCCUGGACGAGCCUUGAUGGAAAGAUGGACGGGCGAGACUCAAUUCCAGAUCAAGCCGCAGAACGUGAUGUACCACAAGCACCGUUGCCUUCAGAACGUGAUGUACCACAAGCACCUUUGCCUUCAGAACGUGAUGUACCACAAGCACCUCUGCCUUCAGGACGUGAUGUACCACAAGCACCUCUGCCUUCAGGACGUGAUGUACCACAAGCACCUCUGCCUUCAGGACGUGAUGUGCCACAAGCACCUCUGCCUUCAGGACGUGAUGUACCACAAGCUUCUGAGCCAAUGUGGGAGGAACCACCGGUGCCGGAUCCAAAAAGGCGAGGACCUGAUCCAGAUGAAGAAAUGGCGCCGGAGACACCAGUACCUCCUCAGUUUCUACCUCCACAAGUGCAGCCAGAAGGGUUCGUCUUCAGACGAAGAGUUGGUGGCAGACCGCCAGGGCCAAGGCUCACCCACAAAGAAGCCUCGGGUGAACUACCAGGCCAAGGAAAAGAAGGACCGGAAGCCGGAGAACUGCGACAAGGGCUACGCAUGCGAAAUUGAGGUCCGAGAUCGUGAUCUGCGACGGGUCCUCAAGAAGCCCCUCAAGGCUGGCAUUUGGCUUUCCCAGAAGAUGGCUGAGAAGUCAAAAGAAGUCAAUUGGAGGCAUCUCACCUUGGAGGAGAAAGCUGAGUUUGACACUGCUAUGGCGACCGAGGUGACCAAUGUGGUGCGAGAGCAGGCGGUGAGAGCCUUGUCUCGCCAUGAGACCUCAUCGCUCGAUUUGUCACGGGCGAUGAAUAUGAGGUGGGUGCUGACGCGCAAAGCGGACGGCCGCGCUAAGGCGCGACUCGUCGUGCUGGGGUUCCAGGCGCCGAAUUUGACUGAAGUGGAAACGGCAGCUCCAACCUUAAGCCGCACCGGCCGCCAUGUUUUGCUAAGCUGCGUGGCGAACCAUGGCUUCACUUUGGAGAGUGGGGACGUUACCUCCGCAUUCCUCCAAACUAUUGGCAGUCUCGAGAGUGAAAACCUCCUGGUGAAGGCUCCGGCUGAGUUGGCUGUAAUGUUCGGAGCAGACCCCAACGACGAUAGCACGGUGCUCAAGCUGGUGAAAGCAUUUUAUGGAUUGGUCCACGCACCGCGACGGUGGCACGAUUCCGUGGUCAAGGCGAUGGUGGCGUUUGGCUGGCGGCAAAUGCAAAGUGAUCGGUGCCUCUUUGCCUUAUAUGAUAAAGGGGACGGCCGACUGAUCGCCAUUGCCGGCCUACACGUUGACGAUUUUCUGAUCGGGGGAAUCGCCGACCACCCAGAGUAUGUCAGGGCCAAGAAGGACCUGCAGCAGCAGUUCAAAUUUGGAAAAUGGGACCAGGCAAGCGGAGACGGUUUUGUUUUUGCGGGCACCCAUAUUCGUCAGACCAAGGAAGGCAUCACCGUGGACCAGCGCGAGUACAUCUCCGACUGGGUCGCCGAGAUCCCUUUGACUGCGGCCCGAGCUCGGGAACUGAAGUCUCCUCUGACUGUGCAGGAGAUUUCGGAUCUUCGGGGUGCCCUUGGAACCAUGGCCUGGAAAUCUUCACAAACCGGACCGCACCUCCAAGCGGACGUUUCCCUGAAACUCUCGGAGAUCCCCUUUGCCAAUGUCAAGACGCUGGUCGAUGUGAACAAGAUGAUCAGGGAGAUGAGAAGGACCGCGGACCAGAGCAUCGUCUUCCCGGCUUGGCAUCGGGACUGGCGGGACAUCGCGACCGUUGUGUGGGCGGAUGCCUCACAAGGCAACCGGCCGAACAAGUCCUCCACGAUUGGUUACGUGGCGUGCCUGGGACCCAAGGAGAUCCUUCAGGGCGAAGAGGUCCGACUGGCCAUGGUGGCGUGGAAGAGCUCCAAGUGUCCAAGGGAAACCCUCGGGAGCAAUGGAGCUGAAGUUCAGGCUGUGACGGUUGGAGAGGAUAUGGUCUUCAUGAUCCGAGCUCUCUGGCUGGAGGUCCACGGUGCUGUGAUUGAGCGCAACAGUUGGGAAAACCUUGUUGCAGAGAAGACCAUGGGUGCCUUGGUAACCGACUCCAAGGGCAUCUUCGAUGCUAUGACGAGGAAUGUUUCUGCGCUUCAUGGGCUCCAUUCUUCGAGGGCAGGCUUUGAGCUGACAGUGACGGUUCAACAGGCGAUGAAGCUGAAGACCCAGCUUCGUUGGGUCAAUGGUGUGGCCCAGUUAGCCGACGCCAUGACAAAGGCAGCGCCGGCAGCGAAGAAAGGCAUGCUGGAGUUCUACCGCAGGGGCCAGACGUGGAGUGUUGUGCACGAUCCCUCUUUCACGGCGGGGAAGAAGCUUCACAAAGCGAAGCUACUGAAGGAGAUCCAAGCGGUGGACUACAUCAAUGUCUGCGCCUUUGUUCCAAGAUCUGCGUUUGUGACAGAGUCUGUCCGGGUGGCAGAUCGGAAUGGAGAGGGAGCGCUGACACCGGCCUACUUGGUAUCCCAUUUGGAGGACGGCGACACGCCGGCAACUUCCACAGUGGUCAGUGCAGCGGCAAGUGAGGUGGCUAGCGACUCCGAAACGUCUGUCUCCUUACGACCUUCCCUAAGGGAUGGCAAGGAGAUCUCCAAACGCAAAACCACCCGCAUCACGUUUGAAGGGCUUGAACAGCUCAAGGCUCUAGACAGACCCGGAGAAAGCGAUGAAGAAGCUGAGGACGAGGAUGCGCCGAAAAGAGCCGGUAGCGACACGUCUUCUAUUGGAAAGAAGAGUGAUGCAUCCUCAAUGAAUUGGCGGGCUGACGCAUUAGACGUGGGCGAGAACUUGGCAGCUGAGGCGGCUGCCAAAAAGGGCCACACGUCAGUAGACUCCAUCGUCGCUUUGGUGCAGGCCGAGAGAGAACGAUGGGAGGAGGAGAGACAGGCACUGGAAGUCCGUGUCGAAGAGUUGCAGGAGCAGCUGCGGUCCAUGCAGGCAGCGCACAGCCCGGAUGCUGAAAAGCAGGCCUUGAAAAGAGAGCAUCAGGAACUGCGCAAGGUCAUCAAAGCGCGAAGCAGAUUUGGCGCUUGGGUGUGUGAGCGACACAUGAUGGAAAGUGAUGACGAGGAGACCGAUGCAGAGAAGGAGGCCAGGACUAGAACUGCGGCGGCGGAUUUCGGAGCUCUCCGUGAAGCUUCGGGCAGCCAAAGUGGCUGCUGGUGCAGCUUCCAGCGAGUCCGACGUGUCACCAAUCAGGAGGUCCCCUGGACUCCCUGGACCCAUAAUUCGACGGAGGCACUGAUCUGGAUCAGGUUUGGCUCCGUGGAUUUGAUUGACAUCAUCCCGGCAAUUGAUGAUGCGGCAUGCGCUUUCACACAUCAGGUUCAUUCAAUUACUUCUUGCGGUUUAGUUAAGAUGCACGAUGGAUCGACAAUCUAUGCUGUCUCGCGCAUUGCUCAUUGA